CUGUCCCUCUCUUUGUUCUCCAGCACGCCUUCUUUCUCUCUCUAAAAACGUUACCUGCUAUCAUAAAUUAAAUAAACGCAACCUGAUAUUCUCUCUGGUUCCUUCCGUGCCUCUCUCGCUCUCUCCUUUUUUUUCCUGAAAAAAAGGGUCAGAGAGGGAGAGAGAGAGAGCGCGCGCCGCACACACACCGUAACUAUCAUGUGACACCGUCACAUUCAAUCAUCCAAUGCACCCUUACAACCGGCUACCGUCCAGUGGCCAUUCAUCGCCGUCUCCUCCCGCCUCGCCUCUCCGUUCACCUCGUCUCCGUCACACCCGUUCCAAAACCGGCCGCUUCUCUCCGGCUCAACCUGCUCCACGAACCUACGCUCAACGCCUCGCUUGGCUUUUCCUCUCGGUUCUCCUCCGUCGUCAAGGCAUUUUCCUCUUUGCGCCUCUCAUCUAUAUCUCCGGUAUGCUUCUCUACUUCGGGACCUUCUCGUUCGAUGUUGUUCCCAUCAUUAAGCACCGUCCUGCUCCUGGUUCUCUCUACCGUAGUCCUCAACUUUAUGCUAAGCUUCGACAUGAAAUGGAUGCGGAUAAUUCUUCCGCCGAUGCGAUAUCAACAAUAUGGAAGAUUCCAUAUAGAGGUGGUGAAUGGAAACCAUGCGUACACAAAUCUUCAGAAGGCCUUCCUGAAUCAAAUGGAUACAUUUAUGUAGAGGCUAAUGGUGGCUUAAAUCAGCAAAGGACAUCGAUAUGCAAUGCUGUUGCUGUGGCUGGCUAUCUUAAUGCUACUCUUGUGAUCCCAAAUUUUCAUUAUCACAGCAUAUGGAAAGAUCCUAGCAAGUUCAGCGACAUUUAUGAUGAAGAAUAUUUUGGCAAUAUCUUGAAAAAUGAUGUACGGGUGGUUGAUAAGAUUCCCGAGCACAUGAUGGAAAGAUUUGGCAGCAACAUGACAAAUGUUUUCAAUUUCAGGAUCAAGGCAUGGUCAUCCAUUCAGUAUUACAGAGACGUGGUACUCCCAAAGUUACUUGAAGAACGGGUUAUACGGAUUUCACCUUUUGCAAAUAGAUUGUCAUUUGAUGCUCCUCCUGCUGUCCAGCGUCUCAGAUGCUUAGCAAAUUACGAGGCUUUACGAUUUUCCAGUCCCAUAUUGUCCCUGAGUGAAUCUUUGGUUGCAAGAAUGAGGAAGCAAAGCAUAGUGAAUGGCAGUAAAUAUGUCUCCAUUCAUCUUCGUUUUGAAGAGGAUAUGGUUGCUUUCUCUUGUUGUGUUUUUGAUGGUGGGAAACAGGAGAGAGACGACAUGGUUGCAGCAAGAGAAAGAGGUUGGAAAGGGAAAUUUACAAAACCUGGACGAGUUAUACGUCCUGGAGCAAUCAGGAUCAAUGGGAAGUGUCCCCUCACUCCAUUAGAGGUUGGCCUUAUGCUUAGGGGAAUGGGUUUUACAAAGAACACCUCCAUCUAUUUGGCAUCUGGAAAAAUAUAUAAUGCCGAGAUAACAAUGGCCCCUCUAAGGGAAAUGUUUCCUAAUUUGCACACCAAGGAAACUUUAGCAUCUGAGGAGGAACUUGCCCCAUUUAAGAAUUAUUCUUCCAGGAUGGCUGCUAUAGACUACACAGUUUGUCUUCAUAGCGAGGUGUUUGUCACAACACAGGGCGGUAACUUCCCUCAUUUUCUACUGGGCCACCGGAGAUACUUGUAUGGUGGACACUCUAAGACAAUCAAGCCUGAUAAGCGGAAGUUGGCAUUACUCUUUGACAGUAGCAAUAUUGGAUGGAGAAGUCUCAAGCGUCAAUUGCUGAGCAUGAGGUCACACAGUGACUCCAAGGGAGUUGAGCUCAAAAGGCCUAGUGACUCCAUAUAUAGCUUUCCAUGCCCAGAUUGCAUGUGCCACGCAAAUAGAACCGUUGAUUCUAAAUCUUUAUCAGCAACUUGAUCUAUUGACAAAAUUUUAUGGGUGUUUCUGUUUCCUUUGACUUUAAGAAUGUGCCUUGCUGCAUUUUAAGAAUGUGCCUCGCCACAUUUCCCCCCUUUCCAUAUGAUGAGAGGGGCAUCCAGAAUUUGGAGGUUAACAAGAUUUUGUUAGAGGUUUUGUAGUCCUGGUUAUUUCUUGUGACUGGAUUUCAAGCAAGUGGCAUCUUUUUUUCACAUGAUGCAAGUUGAGAACAGAGUAAAAAUUGUGCAAUUGCAAGAGUGUUGACUGAGCUUUCUUUAAUAUAUGGAAGAUUGAAUUAGCAGCUGAUGUAUCUGACAAGCUAUGAAAGAACUAACAUCCCAUCACACCCUGCAUGUAAAUUACCUGAAGAUUGUUCACCGCGGGUUUAAGGCUGUAGCAACAGAUUUUGUGUACAUUAGCAAAUUCAACUUCGACAUUGAGGCUUCGUAUUUUGUUUUUUGUUUUCCCUUGUAUUGAGGGGGCCCAUUGUUAGUUGUAAGUCUGUAUCGGAGUACAUUUGUUAUUCUUUUACAUUGGUACUCCAUUGUUUUAGUGAUGAUACCAGUGAAUGUAAUUACUUUAACAUUAAUGAGUAGCAAUUGCAAAAGAUGUUUUUGAGUU